CGACCAUCGAUAACCGCCAACGCGAUCAACAUGGCGGAUCAGGAGAUGUCAGAGGUGCCAAUGGCUCUUCCGGAGCUCACAGAAGCUGACAUCGAAAGCAUUGCGUCUUUAACCGCUCACCUCGCUUCUUCACCCUACGACUAUCAAUCACAUUUGACCCACAUUUCCCUCCUCCGUCGCGGUGGACCAGCACUCGCCGACGAGCUCAAAAGCGCACGGGAGAGCCUGCAUGCGUACUUUCCUUUGACGGAACAGCAAUGGUUGGAAUGGUUAAGUGAUGCGAAGGCUACAAUGACAGUUGAAGAGGAGAAUGUGCAUGUGUUGGAGUUGUAUGAGAGGGCUGUGCAGGACUUUUUGUCGGUGCAGCUGUGGGAGGAGUAUAUGGACUUCGUGCAGGAGCGACAUUGGAAUUAUGUCAACGCGCCGGAGAACCAACUGGCGGAGCUGUUCUCUGAUGCUCUUGUUGCGAAGGUCUAUGAGGAUGCUGUUAGAGCUACGCAAUACCAUGUCGCUGCAUCAUCGCAAAUAUGGAAGCGUUAUAUUGAAUGGAAACAAGGGCAACUGGAGAGUAGCUUGAUGUCUGUCGCUGACGUGAGGAAGCUCUACCUUGACCGCCUCGCUAUCCCCCACCUCGACCUCGAAGGGACCUUCAGCAAUUACUCCUCCUUCGUCAGCAAAUACCUCGAAGCUGAUUACGAGGUCGAACUCGUGGCAGCUAAUACAAUCGUCGCUAAUACCCGGAGGCUGCUACAUGCACGAGAACCGUUCGAGACGAGUCUGAAGCAGUCCGGGAACUCGGCUGAGGCAUUCGCGGAAUAUAUCCACUUCGAGUUUACGAGGAGGGAGCAUGAGAUCCCGGAAUUGAGGAAGGCAUUGUAUGAGCGUACAAUGGCAGCACAUCCAUUCUCAGCGGGGAUCUGGGAUGAGUACGUUCUUUACCUGAUUGAAGUGGAAGGUUCGGUACAGGAGCUCGUGCCACUGCUGGAGAGAUCCGUCCGUACAUGCCCAUGGAGCGGAGACCUAUGGGGUCACUAUAUUCGGACACUCGAGCGUCUACAUGCUCCCGAAGAGGAAAUCGAGAAAAUCAAGGACAGAGCGUUCAGCACCGGAUUGCUAAAGUCUAGCUUGACGGAGACUAUCAAAGUUCACCAAGCCUGGAUCGGGUUCAUAAAGCGCGACUGCGAAGACUGGGCAAGCGACGAAGGCCUCGAAGUCUACAAAGAGAUCAAAGCCGCCUCAAAAGACACACUCCGCUCCUUCAAAGAAAAAGACCCCGCCCACACUCUCGACUACCUCGAAAUCUCCAUCAUAACCCUCCUCAACAAACCCGAAAAAGCCCGUGACCUAUUCUCCCUCAUCGCGCGUCGUGGAUCAUCUAAGCUCGCCUCCUUCUGGCUCCGAUAUGCUGACUGGGAACGCCGGCACGGCUCCUUACAACACGCAAGAGAGGUUUACAAAGGAGCGUGUCUGAGGCCGUUGGAUGACGUUGAGAGGGUGUUGGAGGCGUGGAUGACGCUUGAAGAGGAGGCUGGAGGGGUGGAAGAUUUGGAGAGGAAGGCAAAGGAGUAUGCGCAGUUUCAGGCUCAGGUGAGUGCUGGUGCACCUGUUGCUGUGGAAGCUGUCGGUACGCUCGUGGAGGAGGCUCCCGUGCUCCCGGCCGGCGCAGCGCAGGCUGCUGUUCCAAUCGACAACAAGCGUAAACUGGAGCAAGAGUCGUCAAAAGCGUCAGCUCCCGAACCAGCCCCCAAAAAGGCCAAGACCGACGAAACGCAACCGCAACGCGACCGCGAGCACCUCACUAUUCUCGUCCAAAACCUCCCCUCCGCCAUCACCGACACUCGCGUCCGCCAGUUCUUCCGCGAGUGCGGGACAGUGAAAUCCAUCCAACUUACCUCCACCUCCGACUCCAGCACCGCAUUCGUCGAGUUCGAAGCAAAGGAGGACGUACUCAUGGCCCUAACCCGUAAUGGAAGAGAAUUGGAGGGUAAGAGUAUCGAGAUCAAAGAAGCGUGUGGUACAACGUUAUGGAUAACCAACUUCCCUCCCCUCGCAGACGAGAAAUGGAUGCGGCAGACGUUUGGACAGUUCGGUGAGGUUGUCGAUGUUAGGUUUCCGAGUUUGACGGUGAAUCAGCAUCGGAGGUUUUGUUAUUUGCAGAUGAGUGGGCCUGGGGAGGCGCAUGCUGCGGUCGAGGCGUUGGAUGGGAAGGAGUUGGCUGAACUGGGUGAGGAGGGGAAGGGGAGGUUGGUUGUGAAGAUCUCGGAUCCGGGGAAGAAGGUGGGGAGGAGUGGGGCGAUGUACGAAGGACGGGAGAUCUACGUCACGAACGUCGAUUUCGCCGCCGAUGAGUCCACGCUCAAGGAAUUCUUUGGCAAAUAUGGGACAGUGGAGCAGGUGCGGUUAAUGCCGACGAAGGUUCCGGGACGGCAUAGGGGUGCUGCAUUCGUGAUUUUUGGGGGGAGGGAGGAGGCGGAGAAGGCACUUGGGGCGGAUGGGGAGAAGUUGUUGACGAGAGUAUUGAAGGUUGAGAAGAGUGAGGCGGAUCCCCGCAAACGGGUCGCCAACGCGGCGCCUAAUCGAAUCACGGUGGAGAAGAAGGCGGCGAUGGUUGCGCAUGCGGAUAUGCCACCCCCACCGUCAAAGAGUGAGAUUAGGGGAAAGACGCUGGGUGUGAUGAACGUCGCACAAACCGUCAACGACGCCAAACUCCGCGCACUCUUCGAGCCAUUCGGAUCCCUCCGCCGAGUCAACCUCAUCCCCGAACAUGGUGGUGCGGUGGUGGAAUUCGACGCUGUCGCUGAUGCGGGGAAAGCUACGAUGGCACUCGAAGGUGCGGAAUUGAGUGGGAGACAUAUCAGGAUUGGGACGUAUGAGGAGUUGAUG